AUGCUGUGGCACGACUACGACUGUUGGAACUGCAUGCUGUGGCACGACUACGACUGUUGGAACUGCAUGCUGUGGCACGACUACGACUGUCGGAACUGCAUGCUGUGGCACGACUACGACUGUUGGAACUGCAUGCUGUGGCACGACUACGACUGUUGGAACUGCAUGCUGUGGCACGACUACGACUGUUGGAACUGCAUGCUGUGGCACGACUACGACUGUUGGAACUGCAUGCUGUGGCACGACUACGACUGUUGGAACUGCAUGCUGUGGCACGACUACGACAGUUGGAACUGCAUGCUGUGGCACGACUACGACUGUUGGAACUGCAUGCUGUGGCACGACUACGACUGUUGGAACUGCAUGCUGUGGCACGACUACGACUGUUGGAACUGCAUGCUGUGGCACGACUACGACUGUUGGAACUGCAUGCUGUGGCACGACUACGACUGUUGGAACUGCAUGCUAUGGCACGACUACGACUGUUGGAACUGCAUGCUGCACGGGUAUGCUCUUCCAGCUCAAGUAUAA